GGUUUAACCCUCUUGUGCAUCUGUUUAAACAACGGCGAGACAGCCGCGGUCUCAUUUCGAAGCCAUGGAGAAGACGCUCAAGGACAUGAACGAAGCGCUCGCGAGCUGCAUGACGCUCGUGAUCCCGCCGAUCGAGUACCCGCCGCAGAUGCGGCCGAACCCGGUGCAGCACGACUCGACCGACAUGGCGGAUCUGAACGAGCACAUGGCCCACUUCUUCUUCCAGGCCAAGAAGCUCGAGUUGCAGCUCCUCGCGCUCGACGAGCCGGGCCGGCCCACGACAGCGCACGAGCUCGAGGCCGAGAUCCAGUCGCUUGAGGCCGAGCUCAGCGACAAGAACGACCUCAUCGACAAGUACUCGGACGUCAUUCGCGGCUGGGAAGGCAAGUUCAAGCGCCUCGACUCGAAAAUGAACGCAUCGUAAGCACGCGUACUGUAUUCUGCUCGUUUCACUUCGUACUACGUCUUCUCUUGCGCCAUGGGCAGACGCUUGCUAUCGCGAUCUAUGAUCGGCAGGAGCUGUCCAGGACAAUCUCGCCAACGUCGACACCAUGCACAUCAGCUUUG